GUCGCACGCCGGGCGCGUGCCACGGGGGCAUCUCUCUCGUCUCUCUCUCCACCCUCCUCUGCGCACCCGGGCGCGGCUCACACGCGCGCGCACCCACACACGCGCGUGCCGUCUCCCCCUCCCUACUCUCACUCACACGCGCACGUGCGCACGUGCGCGCACGCGCACCUGCCCGGCAGGUAUGGCCGCGUACUACAACGCGUUCGCCUCCUAUCCGUCACUGGCGCCUACUGCACAAGCGGCGGGAGCUUCUCAAGUCCCCGGCUGGGAUUCUCCGCCGCUCACCCCAGCAGCGGCUGCCACCUCGUCGACGACUUCGUCCGCACCCCCUGCCUCCUGGCUCCUGCACGGAGGUGCCAACGCAUCCGAGGCGCAGGGAGGCAGCCCACCGCCUUCUGUGCCCCCGCCUCCGUACGGCGUGGCGGGGUCAAACUCCUCGUGUCACCACCACCACCAACAACUCCAGCACCACCACCACCAGCAGCAGCAGCCCGUGGGACCCCACGGCCUCAACGCACCGAUGAUGAUGACGGCUGGGGAUGCGGUGGUGGUAGCGGCUGGUGGUGGUGGUGGUGCGGGGAUGAGCUGGCACUCGAUGCCCGGAGCGUCGCAGGCGAGCCUGGCCCGCAUGGCGCGUCCUCCUUACUCAUACUCGGCGCUCAUCGCAAUGUCCAUCCAGGGCGCGCCCGAUCACAAGCUGACGCUCAAUCAGAUCUACCAGUACGUGACCGACAACUUUCCGUACUACGAACGCAGCAAGGCGGGCUGGCAGAACUCGAUCCGGCACAAUCUGUCGCUCAACGACUGCUUCCGCAAGGUCCCGCGCGACGAGGAUGACCCAGGCAAGGGGAAUUACUGGACCCUGGACCCCAACUGCGAGAAGAUGUUCGACAACGGCACAUUCCGCCGCAAGAGGAAGCGCAAGGGGGCGGAGAGUGGCGCCCCCGCGCGGCACUCCGCGGGGCCAUCCGCGGUGUCAUCGGCGUGCGACAAACCCCACGACCCUGCACCCUGUGCCUACGGGAGCUCCGAGAUGUCCCCACCCUUGCCGUCUCAGCUGGGCGGCAUCGGCCCUGCGCCGUCCCUGCCGGACAUGCUGGGAGCGCCAGGCAUGGUGGCACCGCCGCCGGUGCCAAGCGCGGUGCACCUUCCGCACGCCCUCGGCGUUGGCGUCAGCGAGCUGCCGUCGCCGGGGCUCGGGGUGUCGCCGCCGCCCUGGGCCGAGCCCGACCCCACGGAGUCGUGCUUCUCCAGUUUCGUUGGUGGUGGUGGUGGCGACGGCGGAGGUGGUGGUGGCAGUGGCAACGGCAUGGACAUGGAGGACGAGAUGUGCGGGCGGAUGGGUGGGCACAAUGCCAGCUCACCGCUGUCGGCACUUGCCCAGUACCCGUUCCCCGCCACGUCUGCACCCUUCUCUGACUACAGCCUGGCCCUGUCCAUCGGGGGCAUCCCGGGCUUCUACCAGCACAGCCCCCGGACGGCAGAGCAAGGUGGUGCAGACCACUUCUUCCCCAGCACCUGUCGGGACAAUGGACUGCUACAUUACUCGGGCGGGGGGGAGUAUUGGUAAUAGAUGUAACUAUGUUAAAACUCAAUGAAAGUCUUGGGGUGUUAUAAAAAUUCAGACAAAAAGAGAGAUUGGUCAUCACACCGCAGAAUUCGAGUGAUGUGUAUUUGGCGCUUACAAAACAAGUCACGCAAGGUGUUCAGGUGUACUGUGUGCCUUAAAUUUCCUGUACAUUUCAGUGGGGUUUAUAAGAUUUUGUCGUGAGCAGGGAAUUAAUUUGAGGCUGCAUGCCCCUCUGCACUGAACAGCAUGCUCAUCGGAUUAAUCCCCUAUGUCUGUGCUGCAUUGUAAGUGGGGUCAUAAGUGACACACAUGGGUAUUAUGCACUCAGUUGAGCUGGAUGUAAGUAAUUACAACAACUUAUUCACAAUGUCAGUCUUCUAUCCAUAUUGCACAUACCUGCAAAAAUAUAUUUGUAUAUACAUUUUUGUAAUUGUAUUUUUAUGUACAGUUUUUUUUGUGUUCAGGAAUUCAGGUAAAUCCAUGAGCAGUUGGUGGUCAGGAAGAAAGUCUGAAAUAGUUUGACCGCGAAUAGAGACCAAUCUGUCAAAUGUUAAGCCCCUGAAAGGACUGCCACCUGAUGAUAGAGACACACACAUGUGAUGCUUGCAUUGCACCCGUUGUGUUGACAUCAAUAACACGUGAAUACAUUUCCUACAAUUCUAUGUUUUGUUAAUGAACAUUUCAACAUUGUCUGUACCCACUUCUGGUUUUAUUAAACAAAGAGGACCUUUAGAUUCUAACUGUAGAAUCAUCGAUUAUAAACACCCAAUAUCAUGCCAACUGACCAGGUGGCACUGUAAUGUGAGUACCACUCAAUUGAAAGGUUGCAAUUCCAAUCCCGUCACAAGUCAACUAGGUUCAUCAUCUCUCCGCGGUCAAUAAAAUGAGAACUAAUUCUUGUAAAGUCAACGGUGGUUGUCUUAAGCAGUGUCUGGCCUCCGGCAUAGGAAUGCGUACGUUUUGGACAGCUACGGUGGUUGAUUGAAAACCAUUCACUCAAAACGUGCAUAGUUACCUCGACCUGCUGCCCGGUGACUUGAGCUCUGGACCACAUUCUGGAAAGAUGGACGCAGACGGGUCCGCGACGCUCAAAGGAGACCAUGCCUGCUGUAGUUGAUAGAUUUGCUGUUGGGAUCUGUUGGGAAUUUCGUGUCGUAUCGAGUUCGGUUUGUUGCUGUGUAAUUACGACUCUUCCGUUGACGGGCUGCUAUGGGUGGGGUGACUGCACUACGCAAUUUGUACUGUAUUCGCAUUUCAUAAAUGGAUUUUUUUUGUUAUCUUGUUUAGAUUUUUAUUUUACGAGGAAUGUUAUUGUCGAUGGUAAUAAACAUGCAUUUCUAAGCAAUACUUUGGUAGAAUUUUUACAGAGUUAAAUGUCAUUGUAAAAGUUGGUUGAUGUUCAUUGUAUGAUCCGGGCUUCACAUUUACGCUCUAUGCUUCUACUGCUCCACCCUUUGACGCACAUAGUCAUGUGUUUGUAUCUCCCAGUAAUUAUCUGAUAACAAAACAAAACCCAGCACUCCGAUGCAAUAUUGAGUGAAUCCAAAUGCACUAUGGGGGGGGGGGGGGGGUUAGCAAAUGAACUCAAGGAAGCGUUUGUUUUCUCAAUCUGACCAUGGACAUGCAAAUACUGACAAUUUGGCUGUACGUGCAUACAACACACAUCGUUACCACGUUGCAAACAGUUGAUUUCUGUCAAUUGACAACAUUGCCAUAGGGGACUCUUGCGAGAGACAAGCACAUCAUUAAAAACAAAUAAAACUGUCAGGUUUAUGAAAAAACUGUCACAAUUGACCUUAUGAGCUUUUGAAGUUUGCAAGGGGAAGGGAAACUUCAUGUUUUACCCUACGGUGGAAAGUAUUAAAGGGUCAGAUUAAUACCAUGACGAAUGACCAAUGAAGCAUAUGAAAAUGUUUCAUUGGCCAUUUGCGCUAUUGGUGAUUGUCAUAGUUUUGUCCAAAAAUUGGACAAAGAUCAUUUGCUAACAUGUGUUGACAUGAAUCGUGGUUUUUUUAUGGUUCAUAAAUCAUAAACACUCGGUGACGAAUGUGAAGAUUUAGUCUCAUUCUUUUGGCUACAUCUGCCAGUAACCCAGUUUCAUCCUGUGCUUGGAAGACUCAAGUACUUGUUUUCAAAUAGAUUUCGAAUGUUGGGAAGGCAAAUGUGUUUUGUUGCAGUCCCUACACUUCAAACUCGACCUGCAAUGGUAUCCAAAACAAGUCUACAAGCACAGCGAGUCAAUGGGGUUAACGGAGAGUGGGUGUUGUUCAUUUUGUAGAAAUUGCGGCAAGAUUAAUUUGGCUUAGUUGGGCACUGAACAAUUGCAGCUUCUCACCUUCAUUUAGUCGGCUGAAGAGAUUGUACUGUGGACCUGAGGGCUAUACAAGAACUUUGCAUGUUAUGAAAAUACGUCAAUUUGAGAACGAUUCAAGUAAAGUUGAGUGUCUGGUCUCAACGUGGAGAGCUCAUAAAACGAUUCUUUCUAUUUAUGCAUGAUACAUUGCUUUUAUGUAUGAACUGUACCAUACUUUUAAAAGGUUAUGGGUUUGAGAUUAAUUAUUACGUUGUUAUUUUUUUAUUACCACAUGUUCUAUUUUUUCACUUUUACGUUUUGCACACGUUGCGGAAAUUCCAUUAAAAUAAAAAAAAAUUGAAUUAUGUUUUUCCUUUUCACUUGUGCGUUUAUUCGUGUGUUUUGCAUUGUUGGAAGUUGUUGAAAUUUCUCGA